AUGGCGACCACUUCCGCCCUCGCCUGGAACCUCGGCUUCUCCCCUCUCUGCUACCGCCGCCGCCUCAGCGUCUCCGGGGCCUCGCCGCAGUCUGUGCGGCCGAGCAGGCCCUCUGCCUCCAUUGGAUCUUGUCUCUCUCUGCGGAGAAACAAUGGCGCCUCGUUCUUCAGAUCCUCUCAGGGAAGAUUGGAGCGGAUAGUUCCGGAGCCGUUUGCGUGGAGGAGGAAGGGCGCUGGGGUUGUCCGCGCCUCUGCAGCGGGUUCUCCGCCGGCGCCGGCACCGGCACAGCCAUGGCAGGGGGCGGCUCUGAAACCCCUGGCCGCGUCGAUCGCCACCGGGGUCAUCCUGUGGUUCGUCCCCGUCCCUGGUGGCGUAUCGAGGAACGCAUGGCAGCUCUUGGCGAUCUUCCUCGCGACCAUCGUCGGUAUCAUUACGCAGCCGCUCCCGCUCGGUGCCGUCGCACUGAUGGGCCUUGGGGCUGCCGUCCUAACCAAGACUCUCACCUUUGCCGCCGCUUUCUCGGCCUUCGGCGAUCCCAUUCCGUGGCUCAUCGCUCUAGCAUUCUUUUUUGCCCGAGGGUUUAUUAAGACUGGUCUCGGGAACCGCGUUGCUUACCAGUUCGUUUCCAUGUUCGGGAGCUCCUCCCUUGGCCUCGGUUACAGCUUGGUCUUUAGUGAGGCGCUACUCGCACCCGCCAUUCCCUCGGUGUCUGCCCGGGCUGGGGGCAUCUUCCUCCCACUUGUUAAAUCACUGUGCACCGCAUGUGGAAGCAACGUUGGGGAUGGUACUGAGAGACGAUUGGGAUCAUGGCUGAUGCUCACUUGUUUCCAGACCUCGGUUAUCUCGUCAGCCAUGUUCCUCACGGGGAUGGCUGCAAACCCACUGAGUGCGAAUCUUACACAGAGUGCUAUAUCGCAGACGAUUGGAUGGACUGAUUGGGCUGUGGCUGCGUCGGUCCCUGGACUAGUUUCGUUGAUUGUCGUUCCAUUGCUUCUGUACAUUGUCUACCCUCCUUCAGUAAAGAGUAGUCCGGAUGCUCCAAAGCUCGCGAGGGAGAGGUUGAAGAAGAUGGGACCGAUGACCAAAAAUGAAAUCAUCAUGUCACUUACGCUGCUUCUGACUGUAAAGCUCCUCUCUCACUUUUCGAUUUUAUUUUCCGCGUUCUCCCGUCUAAUUACUUGCCACAUUUUUGGUCAUCUCCUGUUGCUUAGAUAGCCUAGUCUAUUUUUACUAUUGCAUGUAUUCAAACAUAGAAGCUUUUGGCAUCCAUAAGAUGAUUUUCAGAUUGCAGAUGUUAAUUUGAGUUCGUGGUAUUUCCGUGCCCUCCCUUUUCUAUCACCAGCCGAAAGUGUUAAUGUUUAUUUUUAGGUACAAAAAUUAUUCAUCCCAAUAGUAUCAAAAGCUUCUAUGUUUGAUCACAUGGCUUCAUCUACUGGCGUAUGCAAAGAAUUUUGAAUCAGGAUUUAUAAGGAGGAAGAGAAAGAUGGGGACGCUGGUGAAAGAUGCAAGUUUAAAAUGUUGGAUGUUUGCGUGAUUUAUGAUGGAUUGGAUUGAUUGAAUAAGAUCCUUGUCUUUUGACGCCUACUCCUUGAGAUUUAUUUCAUGCUGUACUGACUGGGGGUUGGGGUCAACUGUCCAUUUUUCACAACAAUAAAAAUUUUUUCCAAGAAAGGGUUCUGGGUUGAAGAAUUUUCCUCCAUGAGUACUUUUCUGAGCUGAAAUUGGUGCCUUUUUGGGAUGCUUUCUUUUUGGUUCGGGGCCAUUUUUUUCUCUACCCUAGGAAAAUGAGCAGGGCUUCCAGACUUGCCUGGACAUUGACUCCCUUAGUGAUGAGUUAUAUUACUUUGACCGGCUAGUGGAAAGCCUCUUGUCAUAUAAUUUUUUUUUUCUCUGACAUACGAGUUCAGAAGAAUGUAGAGAGUUUUAAUGUAGGAAUACAUUUCAAAAUAUCAUACAUCGGCUCUGGCAAUUCUUGUUUUAUUUCUUAGCUUGGAUCUUUUCUUUUAUAUAAUCCGAACGUAAGUGAAUUCACUGGAACUAUUUAUGAUCACUGAAGUGGCAUAAUUUUUGUGUUACGAGACGUGGUGGAUGGCUCACCUUAGUGAACUCACUUAAUUGUUGGCCAUGAAAUGGUUCUCUUGAUGCAAGCGUUUUCCUCCUCCUCUGAUAUUCCUCUGUAACAGGUGGGCCUCUGGGUUUUCGGAGGGGUGAUAAAUGUGGAUGCUGUGACUGCCGCUAUUCUUGGGCUGUCGAUACUUCUCGUAACAGGUGUAGUGACUUGGAAGGAAUGCUUAUCUGAAGCUGUUGCCUGGGACACACUCACUUGGUUUGCCGCACUCAUCGCCAUGGCUGGGUAUCUAAACAAAUAUGGUCUUAUUUCCUGGUUCAGCCAGACUGUAGUUAAGGUAUAUACCUCCUCUGUUCAUAUCCUUUCUACAUUUCAUUUAUCUAUUUUGUCUCCAUUUAUUUUGGUUGAUUUAAUUAAGAAUUAAAAAUCAUGUCAUGGCCAUCUGGCAGAUUACUGAGAGCAUGCUGGUCAACCGUUCUUCUGUUAAUAGUAUUUCAAAGAUGAAAUAUAUGUUGCCAUUCAUGCGUCUUCUGUAUUUGCUCUUUUCCUUGUGAUAUGUUAUUAGAUUUACCUGUAAAAAUAGUUAAUUCUCUCACAAUGGAGAAUCUAGUUAUGGACAAGAGCUUUCCAUUCACUUAGAAUUCCUGGUGUGGUGUCUGCAGUUUGUGGGGGGGCUGGGGCUGUCUUGGCAGCUCUCCUUUGGGAUCCUGGUCCUUCUCUACUUCUACUCGCACUACUUCUUUGCUAGCGGGGCAGCGCAUAUCGGGGCCAUGUUCACGGCCUUCCUCUCAGUGGCAAGUGCACUGGGCACGCCGCCGCUGUUCGCAGCCAUGGUGCUCUCCUUCCUCUCCAACCUCAUGGGCGGUCUCACCCACUACGGCAUCGGCUCUGCCCCCGUCUUCUAUGGUGCCAAUUACGUGCCACUUGGCACCUGGUGGGGAUAUGGCUUCCUCAUCUCUGUCGUCAACAUCCUCAUCUGGCUCGGCAUUGGUGGUGUCUGGUGGAAGGUCAUCGGUCUCUGGUAG